AGACAGAUAAAGAGCAACCCGUGAUCCCGGAUCCAUGCACACAUUGUAAACCGGAAGUGUGGCUUCAGUCACGUGACAUGUAACAGUAACAGUAUUUUCUGUAGGAGUCCAGUUGUAGAAACUUCCAGCGGGUAGUUCCAGCAUGGGUAUAACGUUGGAAGCCUGGUACAUGGACAGCUCCGAUGAAGACCAGAGAAAGCCGCACAAACUGAACCCAAACCAGCCCGUUUCCCUGGACGACUUGGAAAAGCUCGGCGUUUUUCACUGGAAGCUGAAUGCUGAUAUCUAUGAAACAGACCCAGAGCUGGAGCAGAUCCGUAAAGACCAAGGCUACUCCUAUAUGGAUAUUAUCUCCAUUCACAAGGACACACUACCUAACUAUGAGGAAAAGCUCAAGAUGUUCUAUGAGGAGCACCUGCACUUGGAUGAUGAGAUCCGCUACCUCCUGGACGGCCACGCCUACUUUGACGUCCGGGACAAAGACGACCGAUGGAUCCGAAUCGCCAUGAGCAAGGGGGACCUGAUCACCCUGCCGGCCGGCAUUUACCACCGCUUCACCCUGGAUGAGAAUAACUACGCCAAAGCCAUGAGGCUGUUUGUGGGGGAGCCGGUGUGGAAAGCAUACAACCGACCCGCUGAUGACUUCGACAUCCGCCAGAAGUACACGGCUUCUCUGCAGGGAUCCUGAGAGAGAUCUGUGUGAUUCCAUAUGAUCACUACUUACACCACAACCAGAGCCUCUAAUGGGAUUCUGUAGGUUUACAGUCAAAAUGUUGAGAAACAUUUUGUGGAUCAUUAAAGAUUGUCCGUAGCAGAGCAGUCAUAUAAUGCACUAUUAUGCUUUUUAGUGGCAAAUUAAAUUAAUUUGGCCUACAUGUAGACAAUAUCAGAGGUGGAGUUUCAGUUAGUACAUUAACUCAAAAGGUACAGGACUUUGCAGUUUUUUCCUAUUUACACCGAUACAUUUUAGUUACCAGUUAAAUUUAGAUUCUGCAGAAGGGCGCCCGGAUAGCUCAGUUGAUAGAGCGGGCGCCUACAUAUGGAGGUUAGCUCCUCGACGCAGCGGGCCUGGGUUUGACUCCGACCUGCGGCCCUGUGCUGCAUGUCAUCCCCCAGCCUCUCUCCCCUGUCAUGUCUUCAGCUGUCCUGUUAAAAUGAAGGCCUAAAAUGCCCCGAACAUAAUCUUCAAAAAAACCUUUUUAGAUUCUACAGACAAAACACGAUCAGAUAAUAAAAGCUUGUACACUAUCCAACAACAUUAAGUAUUUAAGCUUAACAAUUCAACAAGCUACAUUAAAAUGAUGUCAAAUGCAUCAGGAAUAAUGGUGCAACAACACAACAUACCGUACAUACAAUCACAUAUGUAACAUUUUGAGAAGAUCAAUUUUAACUUACAUAAAAGUUUGCCCCAGAAAAGUUGUUUAGCCCUCUGACAAGCAUCUUUUUUUCCGACGAGGGCCCGGCUGGGGCCAGUCAGACUGACGGCAGCAUGAAUGCAGAGCCCUAUAGUUUCUGUGAUAACAGAAUCAUGGACGGAAUUGCCAAAUUGAGAAUAAUAAAAAGACUGAUUUCAGAGGACUCUACAGUGCUAAAAGUUAACUGGAGAUUUGAAAAUAUGACAUCUUAAGUUGCCAACCGAGUCGCCCCACUGUAACUAGUUUAAAAACAUCUUAAAAAUACAUUUUAAAAUGUUUUCCCCAGUGGCUUGGACCUGGUGGAGGGGCAACUUAGGCUCGGUAGUCCACCAGGUUCACUAUGCACUGGGGGAAGCUCUGGGCCGCCUUCUCCUAAAUUGGUUGUGUUUGGUACUAUAAGAUUUACUCUACUUUACAUAUCUACAACUGUUUCAUAGUAUUUUCUAAUUUCCUAUUCCAGUCUCUCUGAAUCUGAAGUCAGAUGUAACUCAACCUGUCUGUGCUAAUGGACUGGAACUUCUGACAGAUUCCUAUACAUUUCUUGUUGUGUGGGACAUAAAGCUGCUGCUAUUCUCAA